AUGUCUGCCCAGCGCGGGUGGCCGUUGAUGGGGCUGGACCUGGUGUGGCCGGGCCUGCUGCGGCCGGGUAUGGUGCUCUUGGGCUUGAGGCGGCUGGGCCUCGAACGGCUGGCCCGGGUGCUGCUCGGAAUAGUUCUCGUGUGCCUGGGGCGGCUGGGCCUGGUGCUGCUCCUCUUGGCCGUGCAUGGCGACGGCCUCUAUUGCCCACAUCUCGUCGGAAUACCCGCCGGCGACCUCCUUCAUGCGCUAGGCGCUCUUAAAGCCUCGAGGGAUUUGCUAAAUGCCCGAGGGAGCAAGAAUGCCGGCCUGGGCGGGGGCAAGGGCGAGCCCGGGGAAGAAGGUCCUCGGGGCACCCUGGAAAAAGUCGUGCAUCGAUUCGAAGGCGUCCAGGCCGUCCCUCGCGCGCGCGCCCCCGCCAGCCUUGCGCUUCGUGCGCUUCUUGGUCGGGUCGGGUGCCUGAACGGGCACGAAGAGUGCCUUCACCUGGUUCAGGUGCACCAACGUAUAGGGGGGCUGGGCGGUAUCGCCGGCCGGUGGGUUAACGUAGUGCCUCCAGGCCCGGCGGCGGUGCUUAAGCACGGGUACGGCCAUGAUCCUGAGGAUUUCGGCCGCGUCCAUCCCGAGAACGUCGAAGGGGUUGGGGAGCAGGUGUUGGAACGCGAGCGUGUGUCGAUGGUCGAGAAUCCGGAGUCCAGGACUCCAGCAGUACGGCCACUGUUGGCCGGCCAUGGUGGGCGGAUGGUAGGGAGCAAGAAGCAGCGGCGAUGCGGUCCGCCCGGGCUCUGCUGGGUGUACGCCGCGGUCGAGGCGUCCGACCGCUCGGGCAGCGGCGUGUGGAUUCAGAGGGCGGCUGGUUCACCGACGCCGUGUAGGGACCGCGUCGACGGCAUUCGUUCGUCUGUUUCUAUGUGGCCGCGAGGUUGAAGGUCAGCCAAUCGACCUCUGCAGUGUGGCGGGGAAGCAGCGGCGGCUUACCUGCGGAUGCGACGGCUGCACGGCUUCUA